AUGCCCAGCGUUGAAGAAAUUGAGUCUGUCAAGGAAGACCAAGUAGGGUUGCUUCAUCAGGAGGACUCUGAAGUUUUGUCGGUUAAAGAAGGUAAUGAAGGCAACGACGAUUCUUCACUAAAGCCCGUCCUCUCUCGAGAUCUCGAAGAGGAAAAUAAAACAGACGUAGACCCAGUUCUACAGCAAUACCAUUCAGCAUGUCAAGCGGGUAAUAUAAAGACCGUGAAAGAAAUGAUCGACUCUCAAGUUAUAGAUGUCGCUAACGACUUUAAUGCUGAUGACAGAAUUACUGGAUUACAUUGGGCUUCGAUCAAUAAUAGAUUAAAUGUCGUGAAAUAUCUUUUGUCAAAGGGAGCAGAUGCAAAUUUUAAGUCGAAUAAUUUAAGUGCUACCCCAUUACAUUGGGCCGCUAGAUACGGGUACGUUUAUAUUGUGGAUUGUUUGUUAAACGCUGGUAAGGCAGAUCCUACGAUUACAGAUGAUCAAGGUUUUAAUUUGUUACAUUUAGCCGUCAAUAGUUCAAAUAUUAUGCUUGUAGCAUAUGUGCUAUUUUUCGUUGUCAGCAAAGGCACUAUGGAUGUGGAUACAAGGGAUUCGAAGGACAGAACACCGCUAUUGUGGGCGUCAUAUCAAGGAGACUCAUUGACUGUAUCAAUGCUUUUAAAAUUUGGUGCCAACUAUAAAUUAACUGAUGAAACUGGAUUCACGCCGUUGCAUUGGGGUGUGGUUAAGGGCCAACCACAUGUACUGAAAUACUUGAUAAAAGAAGGGGCAGAUUUCUUUCAGAAAACUAAUGAUGGCAAGGACUGUUUUACCAUUGCCAAAGAGAUGAAUACUCAAUAUUCUUUCAAUGACGCUUUAGCACAUUCCGGUUACAAUUUGGAUGGUUAUCCAUCUAAAAAAAUAUUUAAGACUUCAUUUCAUGCAAAAUUGGUUACAUUUUUAAUUCCAUUCGUUUUUAUGGGUCUUACUCUUUCGUUAUUUGCUCAUUUGAAUCCUCUUUUUGCGUUGUUAAUCGUGGUCUUGAUUGGACUGGCCUGUAACAAAGCAAUUAAAGAAUUUAUCCUGCCUUCAUAUGUGACGGAUAAUCAUUCCACAUAUAAUGUGACGGUAUCAAAGUCACCUUUUUUGGCAGGUAUUUUUUUCAGUAGUCUUGUUUGGUUGACAAUUGUUUAUCUGACGAGAAUUUUUUUCAACGUGGAAGUAUUUUGGGAGAACAUUUUACAAAAUUUUGUGCUCGUAUUGAAUUUACUGGUAGUAUAUUACACAUUUCUUCAUUUGAUCAAAUCAGAUCCGGGAUUAAUACCAAGCAAUGAUGAUCACGAAGAGAUUAGAAACGUAAUUCAAGAAUUAUUAAGCAUUGGAAAAUUUGAUACGAGAAACUUCUGCAUUGAAACGUGGAUAAGAAAGCCUCUCAGAUCUAAAUUUUCCACGUUUUACAAUUCUACAGUCUCUAGAUUUGACCAUUAUUGUCCAUGGGUAUAUAAUGACAUUGGAUUAAAGAAUCACAAAAUUUUCAUUUUCUUUAUUAUAUCGGUUGAGAUUGGUAUCUUAAUCUUUGUUUGUUUGACAAUGAAAUAUUUUGAUUUCUUAGAAGAUUAUUUUGAAGACAAGAAAAAAUUUUCAUGUGGCAUCUUGGGAGAUGAUGAACUAUGUGCAGGUUUAAUAUUUGAUCGUUUCAGUUUGCUCGUAAUGACCUGGUCACUCAUUCAAUCUCUCUGGGUCGGAAUCUUAAUUAUGGUUCAAUUCUUCCAAAUAUCAAGAGGUGUCACUAAUUAUGAGUUUAACAAUUACGUGAAAGAGUCUAAGACAGGCCAUAGGCAUAGCAAUACUCAACCAAACAAUGACUUUUUCAAUACGACGCCAGAAGAAUUAAGACAUGAAAUUGGAGACACAGAUGAAGUGAUAAAUGGUAGCGAGAGUGUACCAGAUUCGACGAGAACUAAUACACACGCACAUUCACGGUCAGUAUUUGGUUUUUGUUGUAGAUUGAUUGGACUGGAUCAAUGGGUAUCAAUUAUCAAAGAGACUAUUGGAUUUGAUUCAGACGAUAGACAAUUUGCAUUUUCAAAAAAAUUGAAUAUUCCUACAAAUUAUGGUAUAACACAAAAUUUCAAAGAUUUUUUCUUGACAAGUGAUACAAAAGCACCAAUUUACAAAAGAAUAUUAGAAGAGCCAGUAGCCUCGAAGGCCCUUUUGAAUAAUAAAGAAGUUGAUUACUUUGCGCUGUAUGAAUUUCCUGCUCUAGAACAUCGCGACAAUUCCAUGGUGUAG